GAGAGGAUGGAACGGGAGGAAACAAGUCUCUUCGAGGCAUAACGCAGAACAGGCCACUCUGGGAUUCUCCUCAGCCAGUCUUCAUUGCUCACGUGUCUGAAGCAACGAUGGCAGCAGUACCUGAACUCACCAGUGAAAUGAUGGAUUACUACAGUGGCAAUGAGGAUGACCUCUUCUUUGAAGCUGAAGGCUCCAAACAGAUGAAGUGCUCCUUCCAGGACCUGGAUCUCUGCCCUACGGAUGGGGGCAUCCAGCUACACGUCUCCCACCAGCACUACAACAAGGAUUUCAGGCAGGUUGUGUCGCUGAUCGUGGCCAUGGAGAAGCUGAGGAACAAGCCAGUUCUCUGCCCAAAGGCCUUCCAGGAUGGCGACCUGAGCACCUUCUUUCCCUUCAUCUUUGAAGAAGAACCCAUCUUCUUUGACACAUGUGACGAUGACUGGGUGUGUGAUGGACGUGUACGGUCACUGAACUGCACACUCCGGGAUGCUCAUCAAAAAUGCCUGGUGAUGUCUGGCGCAUAUCAGCUGAAAGCUCUCCACCUCCAGGGACAGGAUCUGAACCACCAAGUGGUGUUUUCCAUGAGCUUUGUACAAGGAGAUGAAAAUAGUGACAAAAUACCUGUGGCGCUGGGCCUCAAGGAAAAGAAUCUGUACCUUUCCUGCGUGAUGAAGGAUGAGAAGCCCAUCCUACAGCUAGAGAGUGUGGACCCUAAAAGUUACCCAAAGAGGAAGAUGGAAAAGCGAUUUGUCUUCAACAAGAUAGAAACCAACAACAAGGUGGAAUUUGAGUCUGCCCAGUUCCCCAACUGGUACAUCAGCACCUCUCAAGCGCAAAACAUGCCCGUCUUCCUGGGAAAGACCAAAGGUGGUGAGGAUAUAGUGGACUUCACCAUGCAAUUCUUAUCUUCCUGAAGAGAGCUAUACCCAGAGGGCCCACAUGUGCUGAGUGUGUAGACUCAACUCCCAGGGCUGGCAGAAAAGAACUAGAAAGAUUUUGAGUGUGCUGCAGGCUGGACUUUGCUGUUGUCUACCCCAAGGCCCAGAUGCCUUUCUUGGGGUAGGGCUAAGAUCUCCUGCCCACCUGCCAGAGGAUCAGCUCUCUCUUCCUAGGUCUCUUCUGCUGAGCCAGGUCUCUCUCACCUCUCCUACCCACUCAAAACCAUCCUGACAGAAACCAUGGCACAUUUGGUUCAAAGAAAUCCUCUAUCCUUUGUUCCCCAAUUCUGAUGAGCAGCCAUUUAACUGUUUAUUUAUUUAUUUAUUUGAUGGGUCUAUUUAAUUUAACUCAAGAGGGCCAAGGCCAUUUUAAUAUCUAUUGAAUCAACUGAAUGUGAACUGGGGUGCUACCCUCAAAUCAAGUCCUUUUUCUGAAGCUGAAAAUAAAUAACCUCAUAUUAUUUAAAUGGGACUAUGUAUAAAU